UCGUACGACUGAGUGUAUCACUAACUAUGAUGAAACAAUUUAAAGAAAAGGCAACCGUAAAACACGAAUAAUAAAGGUUUCCGAGUUCCUAGUUGCUUUGAACGUGGCAUUAAUCAAGACAGACCUUUUUCGUUAUCUGACGCAACUGUAGGGCAGUAGGAUUCACUUUCGUAUAUGCCCAGCAGAAUGAAGUAAAAUACAUUUUAAAGGGAAAUAAAACAUAUUUCAGACUUUGUAGCUAGUAUUUUGGUCUUUUCGUGAUUCCGUAUGUGCAACUACAAUAAUAUUCCCCGACCCCCAUAUACUUCGAGAAAGGUUUCUAUACCGUUUUGAUACUUCUGAAAGCAUCCAUGUAACUGAUUGUCACCAUGCCACUGACAAAUGCUGAAAAGCAAAGAAGAUACAGGCAAAGACUAAAGGAGAAGGGGAGUUAUGAGGAGGUCAAAGAAAAAGACAGGAGGAGGCACAGUUUGAGAAAAGCAAAGGCUAAAAGCCAAGGAAAAUGGCAUGAGUUUGAUCAUCAUCUGCUGAAGAUGGAUCAAUAUGGGAGAUAUGAAAGCAGUGGUCAGCCAGAAGAGCUUUUUGAUCACUCACUGCAUUGGAGGCAGGUCAAAGAGGAGGCUGAAGAAUGUGAGAUUCAGCAGUGCCAAGGGUCAGCAGUUUCAUUAGGAGUUGAAAUGUCCCAGGUUUGUCUAAAGGAGGACCCAAUUGAACAAGAUCCCUCCUUUGAUACAGUUUCAGACAUCCAUGGAGUCACAGAACAAGAGCGUGUACAUAAACGCAUGAAGUAUCUCAAAGUAAAGGUGCUGCCUUCUCUAGUCCCAGUCAAAGAGGAGUCUGAAGAAUGCUCCCUUUUGCCAGUAGAUGAAGUUGCCUCAAUUACAGUGAAGGACGAAGAGAAUGAAGACUGGUUGAAGUCAGAAGAUGAGGAUCUUGUGAAAGUGUCAGUGCCUUGGGAGCUGUUGGAAACAUCACAUCAUCAUCAUCAUGUUCAGAUACAGAGGACAGUGAGAUGGACAGUGAUAAUGUGCGGCACAUGGACACAAAAACCCUCAGUAGAAAGAGGCCAAGAGCUGCUGUGGCCAUUCUACCACAGGACCCCCUGGAGUCAGAGGUGGAAGACCUAAGUGACUCAGAGGAUGAUGACCUAGAGUAUAUUCCAAAACCAGGAGAUCUGGAGGACGAGUCCCCUUCUAAGCUUACAACAGGAGAUGCUUCCCCAUACCCUAAAACCGCAGAGUCUCCCAAGAGAAAGAAGAGAAAAAGCAGAAAUGUAAUUAUAUUGGUUCCUACAGACACACAUAACCACAAUCUCGACACAGUUGUAAGCCCAUGUAAUUCUGGUUCCUUCAAAACACAGCCAAGACAUCCGCUUUGGAAGAAGGCUGACAUAGAUUCCUUCCAAGUUCCAGAUCCAGUGUUUGUGGCACCACAGUGUGUUCAAUCCCCCUAUCAAUAUUUCAAGAUGUUUUUCACUGAUCAGAUGAUUGCACACAUUGCUGAGCAGACCAACCUUUACUCUGUUCAACAGACUGGAUCCGCAAUCAACACAAACUCUGGAGAGAUUGAGGAUUUCUUGUCUAUGCUUCUCUACAUGGGUGUUUUUGAAUUUCCAACCUUUGUAGACUACUGGCAUUCUGACUCUCGCUUCCCACCUGUGGCUGAUGCCAUGUCUGUGAGAAGGUUCCAGUCACUCCGCAGCUUUCUUCACUUCAAUGACAACAUGCAAAAUAAUCACAGUCCUGACCGCUUCUACAAGAUCCGACCUCUUUUUAACAUGCUGCGUCAACAGUGUCUCCUCAUACAGCCAACCAACAGGCAAAGCAUAGCUGAAGUCAUGGUAGCUUACAAAGGCACCAAAGCAGGAAAUCUUCAUCAUUACAAAUCUAAUCAGCAUGACAAAUUUGGUUUUAGGUUAUUCUGUCGGGGCAGUUCUAAAGGUAUUAUCCAUGACCUGCUACUGUACCAAGGGGAUACAACAUUUCUCAACAGUGGGCUAGAUGAAGAUGAACAGAAUCCUCUGCUGGGUACCAAGGUUGUCACCACCCUCUGUACAUCUAUUGCAGAGCCAGAGGCUACAGUUGUUUUCUGUGACAACUACCUCAUCAGUCUUGACCUGGUCAAGUCCCUGCAGGCCAGACUGGGUGUGAGGUGUAUUGGCACUGUGAGAGCAAACUGCACAGGUGGAGCAACUGCAAUGGAUGACAAGGAUCUUGCAAAGCUAGGGCGUGGAGCAUAUGACUACUGUUCUCAAGAGGGGGUGAUUGCUGUCAGGUGGUUGGACAAAAAGAGUGUCUCAAUACUAAGCAAUGCAUGUGGAAUUGAACCUCUAGGGUAUGUUAGGCGGUUCUGUCGGGAGACCCAUCAAAAGAUUGAUAUCACAUGCCCAUCAGUCAUGUCGGCUUACAUUCAAGCAAAGGAGGGCAUCGAUCUGUCUGAUAUGCUGGUGCGUCUGUACAAGACACCUAUGAAGGCACGCCGGUGGUACCUACCUCUGUUUGGAUACAUCCUUGAUCUGUGCAUUGCCAAUGGUUGGCUGAUGUACAAGCGGGACUGUAACCUUCUCAAGGAAAAACCUGUGCACCUAAAAAGGUUUCGUUUGUCUGUGGCAGGGACUCUAAAAGUAGUCAACAAACUCCCAGCCAGGGUUGGCCAACCAUCAGUUCCUCCAAAUCCACAAAAAACUCCAAAGCGGCUGCACAAUCCCAGAGCCUUACAGCCUACAACAGAUGUCCGUUAUGACUGCCUUGGACACUGGCCUAUCUUUGGGGAACAGAGAGGAAGGUGCAACCUGUGCGUCAAGGGCGUCUCGAGGUGGAAGUGUUCCAAGUGUGGUGAUGGAAAGUUGUUUUUGUGUCUGAACAACAAGCAGCAGUGCUUUGUGUGUUAUCACCAGAAGUGAUCAUUAUCAAAGCACAAUAAUAUUAUGUUGGAUUUUUGUUACAUAAAAAAAUAUUUAUUCGAAAACAUUCGUUUUUGUUGUAUUCCUAUUAUAUGGAAGUUUCCAUGAAGUUGAUGGACAACCUAAUUGUUCUCACUGUUUCAACAUUGAUGCUGUUAAUUGUGGCCAUUUUUGCUGUUACUGUGAUGCCUAUAAUUUUGUAUAAUUUGGACUACCAUGAAGUAAAGGUUACUUUUUUAUUUACGUUUUACUUAACUUGAACAUGUUUUUGUAUUAUUGUUUCAUAAUGACAUGUACAUUUACUAAGGUUUACUGAAUUAUAAUUUGUGUUGCACAAAUAAAAAUGCGCUACUUGUUUCUCA